AUGAAAUUGAAUUUAGGGAGAUUUGAAUUUUGCAAAGUAGCCGGAAACCGAAAGGUGAUACCAAUUCAGCUGUCAGUCUUGUGCCCAGCUGAAAUUAAAGCAAGCAAUGUGCUGGGGCGGUCAGCUCUAUACAUUAGACCACUGGACAUUCCAAGCCAAACCACUUCGGGUGCCCAUAGUCAUUCAAAUCCGGAGGCAACUGAAUCAUCUCCAUCUAUUUCCCUAAACCCAGCUGCAUCUCCAGAGCAAAACCAUACAUUUGUGUCAAGCCCCUCAACUUCCACAACAGUACAUAACAUGUCUUCACCCGCUCAAAGCCCCUCUGAAGUUGAUCAUUAUCAACGAAGACAUGGCAGAUUUUUUGAGGAAUCAAGGGAGACUGACAGUAAUUCUGAGGAUUUAGAGAUUGACAUGCUGGCUUCACCUCCAAGACACUGCAGUCCUGAUUUGCACAAAUACCUUGUGGAUAUUUUGGAGGAAUUCAGGAGGGACAAUUUAGACCUGACCACCCAUGUCACUGUCGUGGCCCGCCGAAGAAGAGUAUUACCUAGUGCGUGUGUUGCUCUUCAUAAAUCCUACUUUGAAUGGCAUAAAAUACCAAACAUUGAAUUUGUUGGUGAGAUGGCGGAAGAUUAUGGAGGACCACGUCGAGAGUUUUUCAGAAUUCUCAUGAGCGAAGUGCAGACAUCCCUUGGUAUUUUUGAGGGGAAACCUGGAAACCUACUCUUUGCGUAUAAUCAGGAUGCACUGCUGCAGAACAAAUACUACACUGCAGGCAAGCUGACUGCAUGGGUUGCCAGCAUGAUACAGCUAUUCAUUGCCGGAAUGAAUGCUUGUGGCCAGAUGUGGCAAGUUGUCCAGAGAAACUGGGAAACCUUUGCACCACUAUUCACACAUACAACUAAAAAGCUGUCACGGAAUGAUAUUCGAGGACUCUUCAACAUUAAAUGGAGUCCACAAGGCAGCAACAAAAGAGAUCAGGAGGAGGACACCAUCUUCCUUUGGGAGUGGUGGUUGAUGUCAAUUGAAAAUAACGAGCUAGAUGUUACUUUGGAGGACAUACUCAUUUUUGUAACUGGAGCAGAUUCUGUACCCCCACUGGGUUUUCCACACAACUGUGAAAUUCAGUUUUAUGACCAAGAACCUGAAAGCCAGCGAGUUCCAUACUCUUCCACCUGUGCCCUCAUUUUGUACCUGCCAAGAAGCAUUACAGAAGAGGUGGUGUUUAAGGACUUCAUGCAGAUGGCCAUUAAGGGUUCUGUGGGCUUCGGAAAG